UGUAAAUAACGGAGACUUCCGUACAAACGCUCGGUUCUUUUCUCUCUCGAGUAACACUCAGUAGUAGUAUGUUUGCAUAAUGUUUCGGAUUUUUUCAAUGAAAGCUUAACAUUUAUUUGACUUACUGGAUCUCACAGCUCAGGAUUUUUCUUAACCCUUUGGAAACACGUGGUAAUCUGCGACACCUAAAAUGUCGACGCCACCAGAUGGCGCACUACCGGCCGUCGCUCUGCCGCUCGUGUUUACACAUUCUUCCAGUGCAUACACAAACGAUGCCAGUUGUAUCGUUGACAAUGAUUCGUUUACAGAAAUUCUUAACGAAGACUUUGACUCCUAUGUGAUGACGCCGUGGUCUUGGAACAAAGACGAUAACGGAAGCGAUAAAAUGUAUCUUCUGCCAAUAGCUUUUGCUACCGUGGUGAUGAACGUACUUGUUAUAAUAACUUUUGUACGAGAGAAAAUGACGUCAGCCCUUGACGUCAUUCUGAUUGGAAUAUCAGUGUCGGAUACUUUAACAGUUUUGAUUCCUUGUGCUGCGACAAUGUUUAUGUAUUUCGACGGUGUAUUUCCUGACUAUAUUUCAUUUGAUAAUUGUAUGCUUUGGGGCUAUCUUACAAAGUACCUACCGACAAUCACCCACAAUGCAUCUAUCUGGUUGACGCUUGUUCUUGCAUAUGACAGAUACGUCGCCAUAAGUCGUCCCUUUCUUAUUAGACGACUGUGCUUACCUCGAACAAGCGUUUUCGUGAUCGUGAUUGUUUACAUCUUUGCAACACUUGGACAUAUUUGUAGAUUUAUUGACACCAAAUAUGUUCCUGUGAAAAUUGUUUCUGCAUCAUAUUUAGAUAAUAUAACAGCAUUACAAUAUAAUAUUAGUGACAGAAGCGCAACCGUUACAGACAUUACAAAUAGCACAGGUUUAUAUGAAAUGGAAUCACUUUGCAAUAACGCAGAUGGAAUUGAAACAUGUAGAGCUGUGUAUACGCCGAUAUUCGAAAAUUUUAAAUAUUACGAAUUCUGUUAUUAUUGGUUUGUGAUAUUGUUUGUAAAAUUUAUUCCAUGUACAUGUAUGAUAAUAUUUGACACUCUAAUGUUGAAAAGUUUACGUCAUGCGGAACAUAUUCGACACAUAACAUCAACCAAAAAUCAGUAUCGUGUUCAGUCGUCUCAAAGCAGAGUGAAAUACUACGAAAGCAGACGAAUGACAAUCAUUGUCAUUAUCGCUAUCAUAAUCGUCAUAAUUGUCGAACUUCCGAUUGGAAUUAUUCUCAUAUUUUGGACCUUGUCGGAAAUCCACGACCAAGAAUUCAUCACCGAGAGAGAUUUGAACAUGUUAAGUAGACUAGCAAAUAUUAUAGUUUCCGUCAGUUAUCCAAUUAUACUUCUGUUAUACUGCUGUAUAAGUGCGCGAUUCAGAGCCGCCUUUGCUCGCCUCUGCUGUUGUGUACGAAACAAAUGCUCCCGUUUUAUCGCCGACAACGGCGAUCCGUCAGAUGUUUGAAUAAAUAAAAGUUUCAAAGUUUAUUGAAAGUCAAGGCCCUUAUGGGCAUCUGACAUAAACAUUACACAUCAUACAACAUGGCAUACUAAACAAGAUAUAUUUAUGUACAAGUACAAGGAGUAUGAGAAAUAGUAUUAAGGUUAUGGGCCCUCGAUCACAGCCGGCAAACUACAUGCCCUCCAUAUACUAUCUCGGCACUCUCAGGUUUUAAAUUAAUGGACAGCCAAAGAAUGCCGAGCCACCCCAAGGAGAACACGCACCACAAAGUGUGAUUACGGGUCCAUCGGCCCAAAACUUUCAAAUUAUCUAAAACUAGACAUUAUAUUUUUGCAAAAUACUACCAAUUUAAAUAAAGUUGUUCUAUUUUCACAGAAAAUUCAAUAGCAUUAGGAUGUUUAAAAAGUAAUAUUCGUCUAUAUAUUUUUUCUUACAUUAUUAAAGUUAGUGCAUUUAAAGAGAUAAUGAAAUUCAUCACCUAACAUGCUACUGUUACAUAAGUGACAGAUUCUUUGUUCUCUAGCAAUAUUAUAAAACGUAUGAAAAGUGUUUUAAGGUAGUUCUGCACGUUUGAUAAACCGGAAGUGAUGGCGUGACGCCAUUUUUCCGGAAAACGUAGAAUAAAGACUGGAUUCGGCGUACGGAACAGAAAAUCAUUUUAUGAAUUAAUUGCAACCUGUGAGUAAAUUUAUUACAAUGGUACUGUUGCUAUAUUGUAAAGUCAAAAUAUGAUAUUAAAACAUAUCGCAUGUUAAAUAAUUCAAAAUAACGUCCUAAAAUUAGCGUGAAAUGUCCGGUUUACUUUAAUCAUGGUCAAAUAUCUCAAAAAUAAGCACACGGACCUAUAUAUUUUAUUUCAUCAAAUUAUAGGCCAUGUCUUUAUUUACAACUGUGAGAGGUUUCAUCAAAAUCUACAUUGCAGAAAAAUUUCUAUUCGCGAAAAUGUUAAGAAAGUUAUGAUUUUUCCAUAGACUCUCAUUAUGAAAUAUUGCGUAAGGUCCCUAUUUUUCAAAUCAGUCUAGCAAAAAAUCAAGCACACGACCCUAUCUUUUUUAUUUGCUUAAUUUUCUAGGUAUAUUCUGAAGUUUUGAAAAAUCAGUGUUUAAUCAAAUUCUACAUUGUAGAAAUAAUUUCGAUCCAAACGUGCAGAACUACCUUAAUAUAGCUUAACUUCUCGCUCGCUCGAAUUGUAGGUGUAUUUUUGAAACAUGAUCAUGUAAAGUUGUAUUACCAUAAAGUUUUGGUGAAAAUCCAGAAAAUUUUCACAAGAACGUAGUUUUACUUUUCUCGGGUGUUUAAUUUGUUUAGUUUCUGGCUGUGAAGGCUCAUAAGUUAAUCCAUAAAACAUUUGACGUAUGUUUUCCUCUGAUGAAGGUAUAAUUGGUUAUACAAAGACUGCCUAAUGUACUGCAAUAAACUUUUAUUUCAGCUUUAACACACACACACUUUGCUAAGUACAAAAAAUGUUCAACCGGUGACAUCAAAGGCGCCGUAUUUGUACGGCAUUCCUCCAGUGCCACAUGUACACGAUAAUAAUAGAAACGUUAAAGUAUUUGUCAUGCUUUUGUACUCAUUUUUGCUGUAUUUUACGGAAGAAAACUCGCACAUCAUGCCAUUGUUUUAUCUUUGGUGCAGUUUUCAU